CAGCCGGCAUAAACAAGGCUUCCUGGUGUUUGCUCGGCGCGCGCGCAGGGCCGCGAUCCAGGCACUGACCCCCUGGCAGUGGGGUGUGGCAGGGCGGUGGAGCCUGCACACUUUCCAGCGCGGGAUCCCACAAACGCUUUCCUCGUCUGCAGCCCAGGCCCCUCCCGGAGCCGUCCUGCUCUACCAACCCCGGAGGGGCGGGAGCGGGUCGCGGGGGCCGUGGCAGAGCCUGGGCCGCGCUCUCCUGGAGGGCAGAGGCGGGCGCUGAACCUCGGGGUGGGGACUGAGUGAGGGGCCGACGGCGGGGUCCGUCCAGAACGUCCCGGACACCGGCGCGCGGCGAGGGAAACCUGACCCCAUGGACAGAACGGGAAGGAAGCAGACUUUGCCACCAAUGUCGGUGAUGAACUCUGGCUGGCCCCACCGCGGGGAGAGCCUCACCGCUCAGGAGCCAGGUCCUCCAGAGAACUUAGACAGUGACCCAGGCCACCUGCCAGAGGAAGACCCCGAGGAGACUCCUGCUCAGAAUCCUGAAGUUCUGAGCUUGGGGCUCACUAUCCUGGACACCAACCGAGUCCCUACCUGGCCUGGGCUUCGGACUCUGCUGCAGCAGCUCCCUCCACAGGAUAUCGAUGAGCGAUACUGCCUGGCCCUUGGGGAGGAGGAGCUGGUAGAGCUGCGGCUCUUCUGUGCCCAGCGGAGGCGAGAGGCCCUCGGACAGGGGGCGGUGCGCCUGGUACCUCCCAGGCUAGAAGAAUGCACCUGUGAGAAGUGCAGGGACCAGCUGAGGCCAGGGGAAUACGGAGUAUUUGCAGCCCGGGCAGGAGAGCGACGCUGCUGGCACCGGGCUUGCUUUGCCUGCCAGGCCUGUGGCCAAGCCUUGAUAAACCUCAUCUACUUCUACCACAAUGGGCAUCUCUACUGCGGCCGUCAUCAUGCUGAGCUGCUGAGGCCACGCUGCCCUGCUUGUGACCAGCUGAUCUUCUCCCCGCGCUGUACCGAGGCUGAAGGACAGCGCUGGCACGAGAACCACUUCUGCUGCCAGGACUGCGCUGGGCCCUUAGGCGGGGGACGUUAUGCCCUGCCCGGGGGCGGCCCCUGCUGCCCUACCUGCUUUGAGAGUCGCUAUCCGGAUGCCCGCUCGAGCCCGGCCGGGACACUGGAAGGGAGAGUGUCCCUUGGGGAGGCGGGGCUCGACAGAGUUGAAGGAGGGGAUCGCGCCCCACUGCACGCCGCUACAGUCUCCGGAGCAGCCCUUCUCGCCGCUGCCGCCAGCUCCAGUCGAGAAACCCAGAGCGGGGUGCAUGGAUCCAUCCCGGAGCAGGACAGCCGAGCUGGGGACAAGGCUGAGGAACCCAAAGGGCGGGAGCAGAGCCCCCUGGAGACUCUCCUUGGUCCGAAGGAGGACUCUCCGUGCCCCAGCUGCUCUUCUUCCUCUGACUCAGAACCCGAAGGAUUUUUCUUAGGCCAGCGCCUUCCCGGGCCCUGCAAGAGCCCCGGAAGCCCCCAAGCUGGGGACAUCGAUACCUCCAAGAAACAUUGCAUCAUUUGCUAGUGGCGCGGCCCGGAGAAGGGGGAGUCGGGGGGG